GGAAGUAGGUAGAAGAAAUGGCGGAAGUGGUUGGGGAGGUGGGGGCCCUCGAGAGGGCGGUUCCAAUUCCCACCUCGGAGCCGGAUGUUUGCCGAGCUUUGACAGGCGUGGCAGAGGAAGCAUUGCCUGAACGAGGCUUCAUCCACCUAUUGACUAGCAGAUAAACAUCCGGCUCCCAGAAGGUACCAGAAGCAGCCAUGGACCCUCUCUCAGAGCUGCAAGAUGACCUAACCCUGGAUGACACCAGCCAAGCUCUGAACCAGUUGAAGCUGGCCUCCAUUGAUGAGAAGAACUGGCCUUCUGAUGAAAUGCCAGACUUCCCCAAGUCAGAUGACUCUAAAAGCAGCUCUCCAGAACCUGUGACACACCUGAAGUGGGAUGACCCUUACUACGACAUUGCCCGGCACCAGAUUGUGGAAGUAGCAGGUGAUGAUAAGUAUGGGCGGAAGAUCAUUGUAUUUAGUGCUUGCCGGAUGCCCCCUAGCCACCAGCUGGACCACAGCAAGCUCUUGGGGUAUUUGAAACACACACUGGACCAGUAUGUGGAGAGUGACUACACACUCCUGUACCUGCACCAUGGCCUGACCAGUGACAACAAGCCCUCCCUCAGCUGGCUACGGGAUGCCUACCGAGAGUUUGACCGCAAGUACAAGAAGAACAUCAAGGCUCUGUACAUCGUGCACCCAACCAUGUUCAUCAAAACUCUGCUUAUCCUCUUUAAGCCUCUCAUCAGUUUCAAGUUUGGACGGAAGAUCUUCUAUGUGAAUUACCUGAGUGAGCUGAGCGAGCACGUGAAGCUGGAGCAGUUGGGGAUCCCUCGCCAAGUGCUCAAGUAUGAUGACUUCCUCAAAUCCACACAGAAGAGCCCUGCGACAGCUCCCAAGCCCAUGCCACCACGGCCCCCCCUGCCCAAUCAGCAGUUUGGGGUCUCCUUACAGCACCUCCAGGAGAAAAGCCCAGGCCAGGAGCCCAUUCCCAUUGUGCUCAGGGAGACCGUCGCCUACUUGCAGGCUCACGCUCUCACCACCGAGGGCAUCUUCCGGAGGUCUGCCAAUACCCAGGUUGUACGGGAAGUGCAGCAGAAAUACAAUAUGGGACUGCUGGUGGACUUUGACCAGUACAACGAGCUGCACCUGCCCGCUGUCAUCCUCAAGACGUUCCUUCGGGAGCUUCCUGAACCCUUGCUAACCUUUGACCUGUACCCCCACGUUGUGGGCUUCCUCAAUAUUGAUGAAAGCCAGCGAGUGGAGGUGACGCAGCAGGUUCUCCAAACUCUGCCAGAGGAGAACUACCGGGUGCUUCAUUUCCUGACUGCCUUCCUGGUGCAGAUAUCUGCCCACUGUGACCAGAACAAGAUGACCAACACUAACCUGGCUGUAGUCUUCGGCCCUAACCUGCUCUGGGCUAAGGAUGCUGCCAUCACCCUCAAGGCCAUCAAUCCCAUCAACACCUUCACUAAGUUCCUCCUGGAUCAUCAAGGGGAAUUGUUCCCCAGCACAGAUGCCCAGGAGGUCUGAGCUCACCACCCUAGCCCCUUCUCUGGCAGCCCGAGUUGGACUUAUCCUCCUGGCAUUCACUUUACUGGAGUCCGGGGCUCCUGCCCAGGAAGGGGCCCUGAAGCCCCAGGAGAUGGAAGUUGGAGCCCACUAACUGGGCAGCCCCUCCUAUCCCUCUGCCCAGCCCACCUUACCGGCCCUGGAGGCCUUUGUUACCGUAAGACAUUUUCUUUGCCUUAUACCUCUCACUGCCUCUCUGGUUGCUGGGCUUGGUUCUUCUAGGAUUCAGCCACAGUAAACCUUUUCCUUUUUCCUGCCUGUUUCCCUGGCGAGUGUAGAAGACUACAUGCCGGCCGUGCUGGUAGCUGGGGCUGGUCCUCUCUUUCCUGAUUACUAGGAAGUGAGCAUUGGCCUGGGUGCAAGUUCCCUGUGCCUGCCCUCCCUGCUAAUAGGGAUGAUAAGACCAGAGUUGGCCUGUCACUUCUGCCUCCUGGGACUGUUCUUCCCCAAGUGGUACUGCCCCCAGAGUGUACUAUUCCCUCAUUUCUGCCAUACUUGGCACUUUGAAUAUCAAGACUCAGAAUCUGAGCGUCUAUUGAAAUGGUCCUGUCCACUCCCAGGGAGAGCCGAAGUGUCUGGUAGGAUCAGUCACAGCAGUCCUGGCCCUCCAUGCCUUCCAUUCAUUCUCAUGUGCACAGAUCCUCAGCCAAAGGCUAUGGUAGGUCUUUCAGGUGUGGGGUCCCUUUGAUCCCUGCUCUAGCCAGAGAUACCAAUGUCUCUCACCUUCUGCCUGGGGACUCUCGGAGAGUCAGGAACUCAGAAGCCCUGAAGACUGACAGAGCUUUACUAACAGAUCAGCCCUGCUGGAUAGGUUCUAGCAGCUUUCUUAGGGGGUGUGGUGGCCACAGGCCCCUUGACUUUCAGAAAGAAGUGAUGAUUGGUAGCGUUCAUUCUAUUCCUAAUGAAGCCUUGUGACCCUCUUCCUGAAGUCCACUCCCUAAUGACAGGGAGGUGCCUGCAGUGGCCUUGCCCUACAGGUGUGACUAGGCAUGACAGCUCCAGAGAUGGUACUGGCUACCGUGGGAUCUGUACUGAUGGUCUUGCAGCUGAGGCUGGGCCUGGCCUCCCUGGCUCUUUCCUGCACCACUGUUGUAGCAGGUCUCUGGUGCCACAAGUGCUGCUGACAGUCCCCGGCCUGGGUCACUCUGCUUUUGCCCACUUUUUUGUAUAAGUGUUGUUACACUCCAUUUACUGAGGAGCCUUUGGACCUCUUGUUUUCCUCCUGCCCAACCCUGUCAGUCUGUGGCAGGGGUGGGGGUGGGGCGCUCUUACUGUGAAUCCAGUGUUCACAUUUACCACGAUUUCCUUGGCACCAAUCAUGUAUUUUACCGUUUGCACUUUUUGUAUUUCAAUAAAAAUGUAAAUGA